UAACCCAACCCAACCCAACCCAACCCAACCCAUCACCAUCUUCAUAUCAGAGAGAGAAGCUUUCAAAAGGUGAGUCUCGCCCCACAUUCCCCUUUAAAUAUUUGCUCAGAUUUUAAAAUACAUGAUCCCCUACUUUUCUCUUUCUCUCUCUUUGUCCCUCUUUUUGUUCCUUUCUUGCUCUAGGGCUUCUUCCAUGGUGUGGGUCUUUCCAUUUCUCUUUCUAAUAUCUCUUCUUUAAUAACACAGUAACAAAUAUGGGUCUCUUCCUUUUGACCUUUAUUCAUAUUCCAUCUCUUCUUCUUUACUCAGAAUUUUACUUCCUUUGUCUUUGAUUCGCUUUACUUCAUUUGUCUUUGAUUCUCAUGAAGUUUGCGUAGAUUCCUUGCCUGUCGGGAGUUCCUUCAUGUCCCCUCCCUUUGCCGUAAUUCCCAUUCUUUUCGAGCCCUAAGAUCUGUUUCUAUUUUUUACAGUGGAUUCUCUUAAUUGGGUUCUGGUUUUUAUGGUAAUGUUUUGAUUCUUUGCGCACUACAUUUAUUGGGGUGCUUUAUUUUUAUCAUUUUUUUUGUAUCCUUCCCUUCUCUGGUAAAGGAGUAAGAUCUGUUACAUAAUUCAACUGUUUCGUAUCUUGAUUGGGUUAUGGUUUUCUUGACUUGGGUUCCAUUGUUUCGAGGUUUCCUGCAAAAAUUUAGGGAUUUGUUUUCCAAUUUGUUGACUUUUGUCAGUUGAUUUGACCCCAUUCAUCAGUUGGGGUGGUGGAGUUCUUCAUUAUUGUGAAGUUUUCUGGCCUUUUGCGUAUUCUGGGAAUUGGUAGUGUUUUUCCUGUUGUCUUUCCUCUGCUUGUUGUUCGUGUUAUCUUCUUUGUUUUCCCUAAUGUUAUUUCUUUGACACAAAAGUAUCUGCUGAAUAACUUCUCUGUAACAUAAGGAAAUUAGAGAGAGGAAGCGAGAAAAACUGUUCCUUUUCUUACUGUUUCUGUUAUUCCGUCAUUUUCCCUAAUGGUAUCCCUCUGACACCUAACCAUCUGCUGAAGAACUUUCUCCACAAAUCUAUGAAUUGGAUUGACAGAGAGAGAGGGGCACAAACAAAGACUUGGCUCGGUCCAUUUUGACCAGAGAGAGAGAGAGAGAGGCAGAAACAAAGACUUGGCUGGGUCUGAUUUGACCCUAGAGAGAGAGAAAGAGAGAACUAGAGAAAUACAGUUUGUUCCUGGAUUUUACGAUUUGGGUUAGACGGAUUUGAUUUUAGAGAGAGACAGAGUUGGGUCCUGGAUUUUGUGAUUCUGGCUAGACCAAUUCGGCUUUAGAAAGAGAAAUAGUUGAGUCCUGGAUUUUGCUAAUCUGGUUUGAUCUAUUUGACCCCGGAUAGAGAAACAGGGAGUCUCUUCCUGGAUUCUGCGACUCUGGUUAGUCCAGUUUCUCUCCCUGGAUUCUGCGACUCUGGUUAGUCCAAUUUGACCUCUCUUAAGAAAGAGAGAGUCGGUUCCUAGAGAGACAAAGUUGGUCCCCUUUGAAGGACCAGUUUGAUCGUGUGCCCAGCACUCAAACCAUGGCGACACCUGCUAUUGAUAUCUCAAAAUACGCCCAGAGCCCUGUUCACAAGGCAGUGGCUAUCCGAGACCAUGCCGCCCUUAGACGCAUCCUUUCAAACCUCCCCCAACUCGCCACAGACCCCUCCUCCAUCAAAACUGAGGCGGCCUCUCUAGCGGAAGAAGAGAAGGCGGAUGCCAUCUCUGUUGUCAUUGACCGACGUGAUGUCCCAAAUCGUGAGACCCCCCUUCACCUCGCUGUAAAGCUAGGUGACUUGACAUCGACCGAGCUCUUGAUGGCUGCUGGGGCUGACUGGAGUUUACAAAAUGAGCAAGGGUGGAGCGCAUUGCAAGAGGCCAUUUGUGCUCGUGAGGAGGCCAUUGCUAUGGCCAUUGUCCGCCAUUACCAACCCCUUGCUUGGGCUAAGUGGUGUCGCCGCCUUCCUCGUUUGGUAGGUACGAUGAGGAGAAUGCGCGAUUUCUAUAUGGAGAUCACCUUCCAUUUCGAAAGCUCAGUGAUCCCAUUCAUCUCUCGGAUCGCCCCAUCUGAUACGUACAAGAUUUGGAAGCGGGGAUCAAACCUUAGGGCUGAUAUGACUUUAGCAGGCUUUGAUGGGCUUCGGAUACAAAGGUCGGAUCAGAGCGUUUUAUUCCUUGGUGAUGGCUCAGAGGAUGGGAGGGCUCCUCCAGGCACUCUUUGUAUGGUUUCUCACAAAGAUAAGGAGGUCACCAACGCUUUAGAUGGUGCAGGGAUUCGUGCUACUGAUGCCGAGGUUGCUCAAGAAGUGGCGGCAAUGUCACAAACAAACAUGUUUCGACCAGGUAUUGACGUGACCCAAGCUGUCCUCUUACCCCAAUUAACAUGGCGGAGGCAAGAGAGGUCGGAGACAGUUGGUCAAUGGAAGGCAAAGGUCUAUGAUAUGCACCAUGUUGUUGUUAGUGUGAAGUCUAGAAAGGUUCCUGGUGCCAUGAGUGACGAUGAGUUUUUCAACACAUGCAAUGAGAAUGAUACAGAGAGUGAGGGGUAUGAGGAUGUCUUGACCGAGGAGGAGAAGAAGCAAUUGGAAAUGGCCUUGAAGAUGGGGUCCCCUGAGAAUGGCGAUGAUGGGUUCUCAGACAUGGUGGUGAGCCAUCGACAUAGUUGUUAUGAGCAAAGGGAUGUCUUCAUUGAGGGAGGAGAACAUAGUGAUGGUGUCUCUUGCGAGGUCAAGCAAGAGAAGAAAGGGUGGUUUGGGCAUUGGGGGAAGAGAGGGGUGAAGAGUAAUGAGGGGCACCCGAAGAAGUUUGCACCACCGAGAAGCUCCGUUUGUAUGGAUGAGAAAGUAAGUGAUCUUCUUGGUGAUUCGACGAUACAGAGUAGGCCGGGUAGGCAUUCGGUGGAGGUUGGUGUUCGAGGAGAUGAAUUUAGAAGAGUAAGAGAAACUAAGGAUGGGAAGAAGUUUGCGUCUACUUCAGAGAGCUCGCAUAAACGAGUAAAGGAUGGGAAUCGUGAGAGCGAGUAUAAGAAAGGCUUGAGGCCUGUGCUUUGGCUUUCACCAAACUUUCCAUUGAGCACAGAGGAACUACUGCCUCUCCUUGAUAUCCUUGCCAACAAGGUCAAGGCCAUUCGUCGCUUGAGAGAGCUUCUGACAACGAAACUCCCCCCUGGAACCUUCCCUGUCAAGGUGGCCAUACCUGUUGUUCCCACCAUCAGAGUUAUUGUCACGUUCACCAAGUUUGAAGAGCUGCAGCCUUUGGAAGAGUUCUGCACUCCUCCUUCAAGCCCCCUCCCUGGUCGUUUGGUGGGUAGGGAGAGCCCCUCCAUAUCUGCUAACUACUCAAAUGGCUCAUGGUUCCAAUGGAUUAAGGUCCCCUAUCGCCAAGGCUCUUCAGGGAUCAACAGCCCUAGCAGCCGCGUAGAGGAUAUUCAAGACCCAUUUGCUAUACCCUCUGAUUAUACAUGGACCACUAUGGAAGCCAAGAAAAAGAAGGCACAUGAAAACAAAAGCAAGUCGAAGAAAGCAAGAGGCUUGAAUCCAUAGGAAGGCACACACACAAAACGAACACUGACCAAGAAGAAGCGAAGGUUUUGACUCCACAUUGCUAGAUAUGCUACUUGCAAGGAAAAACUGGGUGAUUUCCUACUUUGGUGAGAGGCAACGAAACUUUGAGACCCCGACUGAGAUUGGUGUUUGAUUUGUAAGAGGAUGGAGAAAGAAUUGUUCAUAUUUGGUUUGGGAUAUAUUGAUGGGGUAAAAAAUUAGUUGUACCAUUUGUCUUCUUUCCUUUUUCCCUUGUGUAGAAUCUCUUGGAAUGCUUGUAAGUCAACAUAAAAGAUUUUUUCAAAUCCUUCAGGGAGUUUUCUUGAGCUUGGCAUUAAGGUUGCAGAUGCAUAAUCGAGGAGACAUUAACCAAAUGUAAUCCCUUCUUUUUUUAUGGGGCACGAGGUAUGGAAUGAAUUUUAGGUGUGUAUUACAUAUA